CACCCGUGUCCGGAUCCAGGAAUCGAUACUCGAUCACUUGGAGAAACAGGAACACCGAUUUGUUUGGCUUCGUGGCUCUCCGGGAACUGGAAAGACUGCCAUAUCAAUGAGUGUCGCGUCGACUUUCGACAAACAGAGUCGCUUGGCAGCAUCUUUUUUCUGGGACAAAAAUCGGAAGGGUGCAGGACUUGCUUCGAUUGAACACUUUCCCUCUACUCUUGCACGUCAGCUUGCCAUGUUUAACCCCGAGUACGAGAGCCUUCUUGUCAGUCGACUCAGACAGCUGAAGGGUGCUCUUGGCUCUGCUCUGGAGAAGCAAAUGAGAGCUUGGAUUAUUGAUCCCAUGCACAAACUCUUAUCUUUGGGUGAGGAGCGCAUCAUCAUCAUCUUGGAUGGACUAGACGAGUGUGGGACUCAGGAGGAACUUACGUCCUUAAUGAAGCUGGUACUUAUCCUUGAUGAGCUGCCUGCCGCAUUUGCCGUGUUGGUUAGCUGUCGGCCAGAGUCAUCCGUUGUGUCGGCUUGGGUUAGAGCUCGAGCUCGGGGUCUUGUAAUACCCUCUGAAGAUGUGGACAUUGUCGCUGAGGAAGAGAACUUCCACACUAUCCACCGCAUGGUGGAGGAAGGCCUUCGGGAUUGCAUCGAUAACUCUUCCUGGAAACCAUCAAAAGAAGAAGUCGAUGCAUUUGUCUCAGCAUGUCGUGGAUUGCCGAUUAUCGCCUCAAUCCGAGUCCGGGAUGUCUGCCUUCAAACUCAUCGUGGUGCAACCCUUCAAUCCGAGUUCGAAUACUUUCGUGAUCUCACCGAUGCCCCUGCCGAUGUCAACUUGGAGUACCUGCGUGUACUUCGCCGUGCAUAUAUGGUCGGCUCAUUUGCAGUCCGUAAACAUAUAGCUGAGAAGUAUCGCCACGUGGUUGCCAUAAUCAAUGCAGCAUUCGAACCACUAAGUGUCUUUUUUAUAUCGCAGCUGUCAGGAAUCGCCGAGGGAGAGGUCCUAGCCAUAUUGGAACCAAUUCGUUCAAUUGUUGAUCUUUCUUCAAGAAGUGGACUGGAACGUUUUUCGGAAGAUCCUCCAGACAGUUCCUCUCAGGAAAUGCAGGGCGUCAAAUUCUAUCAUGCAACAAUGAAAGAGUUUAUAACAGGGGAUUCGAUUGGUAAUGAAAAUGACGCAGUAUUCUUUAUCAGGGAUGCGAAUAAGUAUUUCAUCGGACUGCCACUCCUCCAAUUUUUCAAUAAUAGUUGUGAGCGGGAUGUGUUUGGGGAGCCUGUCAUUCUCCCUUUAGGAGAUAAACAGACAUGGGAAGAUUUUUGGGAGAGAAAACGUCAUCUCCCUCACCAUCUCCGAUAUACUCGUCAAUACUUAUUAGAACACUUGGACCCCUCACAACUCUUUGCACAAGAGUCCAAUUUGCAGAAUGAGUUUAAUACAUUCCUCACGCGAAACUUGGUUACGUUUAUGCACCUGGUGCCGCUCCAUGAACAGCGCAAGCUGGGAUUCCCUGAUGGAUUUCAUGAAUUCAAGAAUCGCCAUUCGUUCAAACUUUUGGGAGAAGCUCAAAACAAGCAAUGGGUGGAUUAUUCAUCUCAGAGGUCUCACAGUUACAUAUCUUCCCCAACACCAUGGGACCUCCAUCGAUCAACCCUUCCUUUCACCCCAUCCUCAUCACCUUUUCACAAACUGUAUGGCCACCUCUCCGAUCCUGUUCGGAUCUUCACCAUUUCCGGCGAUUUUUCUGGGCACAGAAUCCCAUUGAGUGAGGAUUUACUCGAUGCCCGAAUGGGCAUGGAGGCAAAACUACCUAAUUUGCUAAAGAAGGCUAAUAGUUACGGUCGGCGUGUUGAGGUUGAUUAUGAUGCCCAAUUCAACGAUCCUGAUGUUCGUAACGGUAUUGUGACAUGUGCAGCACUCUCCUUCGAUGGUCAUCAUAUAGGUCUCGGUAUUGGUAGUGGUGUCAUUGAGCUUGCCGAUAUCGACCUUCAGCGCACGAUUUCCCGAUUCCACCUCUAUCCACCCAACCACCCAAUCUGGAUCGAAUUUGUCCAUGGUAACCACCGAGUCGCUGCCGAGGACAAUGAAGGGAACGUCACCAUCCUCAGCCACGAUAUGGCCUCUGUUAAUCUUGGUACUCUUCCCAACAAUCGUCUUCCUGCUGUAACUCGAGUAUCAGAUAAUGGAUUGUUUAUCAUACGAGUCCCAUGGAACACUGAUAACUCGUGAUGAUUCUCUUCGCCUUGACAUGCUUGCUAUUCCUCACCGUCGCACGCUUGGGUUUUCUCCAGGAGCACGUUAUGUUGGGGCUUUCGAUGGCCUCAGCGCUUUCACCUGGUCAACGGGCUCGGGUGAUCUCAUUGCGCAUUAUCGUGUGACAGAUUUCAAUUUUUGGAUUAUGAAUCCAACUGUUCCCCUCGCCCACUCUUAUCGCAUCCCUGAUCCUGUAUACACUCUACCUACCCUUCCCUUGACAGAACGUGGUACAGCAGAUACG